AUGAAACUUUUUAGCAUUUUUCUUUCCGGAAUUCUCGCCGAUCGACAAUGCGGAGAUUACGCCUGCAUUGAGGCGAUGGAAACUGUAGGCUGCCUCGACACCUGCUACGAAGAUGGCGACUGUUUCGGGACUCAAAUGUAUUGUUGCGGAAAAUUAGCGGCCAACGAUUGGGACGAUCUGUUCAAGUUCCAGUCAGUUGUCCGAGCGGCUGGAGAAGCAAUGCGAAUCGAUCAUAAUAUUCUUGGAGCGAUUAUUUCUAGAGAGUCAAGAGCUGGAAGAAAGCUUGAGAGCUGGAAUGGAGAGUAUGGAUGGGGAAAGUGCAGUGGCGGAAGUUGCUAUGGAUGGGGACUAAUGCAGGUGGAUCGAAGAUUUCAUGAACCAAAAGGCGCUUGGGAUUCUCAAGAACACUUGGAGCAAGCCGCUCAAAUUCUCAUCGAUCAAAUCAACUGCAUUUCCCGAAAAUUCGACCGAUGGACUCUUCCAAUGAAAACCAAGGGUGGCAUUUGUGCCUACAGUGCUGGAUGCGCUCACGUCCAGAAUUAUGACGGCAUGGACAUCGGAGCUGACGGAAAUGAUUAUGCGAAUGAUUCUGUUUGCCGAGGGCAGUGGUUUAAAAACAGAGGAUUUUGA